AUGACAAUAAACCAGCAACGGCGACUGCCAUACCAGCAGCUCACCAUCCUCGCAAUAUGUCGCUUCGCCGAGCCCAUCGCCCUGACCUCCAUCUUCCCCUACCUCCCUGAAAUGAUCGAGAGCUUCGACGUACCCAAGAACGAGAUUGCAAAAUGGGCCGGCAUCACAUCCUCCAUCUUCUCGCUCAGCCAGUGCGUAAUGGGCAUACCCUGGGGCCGCGCCUCAGAUGUCUGGGGUCGUAAGCCAGUAAUCCUGAUCGGCCUGGUCAACACUAUGGUCACGAGCUUGCUAUGGGGGUUCUCUACAUCGCUACCUAUGGCACUGGUCGCACGGGCAUUGUCAGGGGCAGGAAACGGCAACGUAGGAAUCAUCAGGACGAUGGUGGCAGAGAUGUGUCCGUGGAAAGAGCUACAGCCGAGGGCGUUCAGCAUCAUGCCGCUAGUUUUCAAUAUCGGCAGCGUCAUCGGUCCAGCUAUCGGCGGCGCGUUGUCAAACCCGCUGCGCAGACCACCGGAUGCGCCUCGUGGUGACUCAUUCUUCGAACGGUAUCCUUAUGCUCUGCCCAAUCUCGUUGCCGCGUGCUUCUUCUUCACUGGCAUCUUUACGGGCAUCUUUUUUCUGCACGAGACACUCGGCUCCAAGAAAGCGCGCCGCGACUACGGCCUUGUGCUUGGCGAGAAGAUCUCGACCGCCGUAAGCCAUCGAGUACAAAGGGCUAGGAGAAGGUGGCGUAAGGCUCGGGAGGGGGAAACUGAGCCCUUGAUAUCCCCUCAGGCUAGCCGCACGGAGUAUCCAAGUCUCUCAGACGAGGAGUCGGCGGAAGUCGAAGACGAUUCUUCAGCAUCUCCUGCAGAAGAAAAAGCGCCCGGAUAUCGGGAAGUGCUAUCAAGGCAGUCUGUUUACAAUCUACUUGUAUACACCCUUCUGGCGCUCCAUUCGCUCGGCUAUGAUCAGCUGCUUCCUGUGUUCAUGCAUCAUCCCGCACAACCCGUCAGUAGCCCCGAUGUGGAUCUACCGUUUAAGUUUUCAGGUGGGUUUGGCAUAAAUUCCGCACGCAUCGGUAUCUUAUUCACACUCUAUGGUGUCGCUGGAAUUAUAUUCCAGCUUUUUCUCUUCCCACCAGUCGCGCGGCGCUAUGGCGUUCUCAGAUGCCUUCGUGUUUCUUUCUGCGUUGCUCCAGUCAUGUACAUCCUUACACCGUUCACUGCUUUGUUACCAACAACGACAUCGAAAAUGAUCUGCAUGUUCGCCAUCAUGCUCUUCAAGGGUUGCGCCAAUACGUUCGCGUUCCCGGGAAGCACCAUCCUGCUCACGAACACGGCAAACUCGCUGCGGGUCCUAGGGACCCUCAACGGCAUUGCUACCAGCGUCUCGGCUGUGGGACGGGCGGCUGGUCCGGCCAUUGGGGGCGGCCUAUUCACCGUUGGAGCCCGGAAGAACUACAUUGUGACGCCUUUCUGGGUCCUAGCCGCCAUCGCCGCCUUGGCUGCUAGCCUCACUUUCCUCCUUGAAGAAGGCGACGGCUUCGGGGAUGUCGCGGAGUCCGAGGAUAGCGAAGAAGAGGGCGAAGGAGAGCCAGGACUGGAGGCUGCCGCUGCGGACGGGCCGAUGUCCGUAUCUCGAGCGUCCAGCGACGCAGGGUUCGGAGACCCAGCCCCGCUACUUAGCCGCGUUUCGACUUUCUCGACUUCUUCUGUUCGUCAGGCGUCCAUCGGAUCAGGCUCGGCUGCCCAGGGCAGCGAGCCUCCGCUUGAUGAUAUGGAGGGGCAGCAGCUGCGGCGGGUAAAGUCUAGCAGUCGGCACAGCUCGAGAACAGAGGGACCGCGUCCACUGCAGAGAAAGAUGUCGGUGCCUAUUGGUAUGGGCGGAAGGGGUUUUAGGAGAUUGAGCUCGAACUUGGGACAGAGUGGGAGUGGGUGGGUUACUGGGAGUUCUUGGGGUGGAUGA